UGCGCUGAGAGGAAGUUGCUGGGACUCUGUUUCAUGGGAACUGGUUACAGUGAGUCAGGCUUAAGGCGAUACCACUGUGUCGGUGGGGGGAAUGCUGCGCCAGUGCCCUACUCUCAUACCUCAGGAUCUGCAAGGGAGGGUGUACGAUGGAUUCCUCAGUGUACAAGAUAAGGAUUUUCGUCUCAGGGUCAUUUUGCCUGAAGAUUUACAGCUGGGAAAUGCAAAAAUAGAGUGCAGCUGGAAAUUAAAGAAAGUUCUGCAAGCUUAUGAUCAGAUUGUGAAGCAGAGGCUACAACAUAGCAUAAACCUCGAAAGCUUCAUGAUGGAGCUAAAGACCAUCUUGGAAGUGGCUUUGAAGAAUACUAAUGCAUUGCAGACACCUCCAGCUCCCCAGUAUUAUUCCUGCCUUGUGAAAGACAUUGAAAGCCUUGGCUGGGAUAAAUUGUCAUUUGUGGAUACUGAAUUGAGUAUGAUCCAGAUAAAAAUUGAGGAUACAUCUGGACGUGAUCAUUUAGUCACGCUAAAACUCAAUGCUAAGUACCCUUUUGAAGCUCCUGAUUGCUGUGUUGACUUUCCAACUCCUUUUACUAUAUCCUGGACACCACAGAGUUCUCUGCUGAACGUUUACAAGCAAGUCUCAUCAGCACUAGAGUCAUUGAAAGGUUUUUGGGAUGCUUUAGAUGAAAUAGACCAAAAGACCUGGGUAUUGGAACCAGAAAAGCCCCUGCGCAGUUCCACUAUGAGACGGAUUGUGAUUGGUAAUAAUGUUUCCAUUACAAUAGAUUUGGACCCUAAGCAUCCAACAAUGCUUCCAGAAUGCUAUUUCCUUGGAGCUGAGCACGUGGUGAAUCCAUUAAGAGAAAAACUGAACUCAAACAUUCACUUAUGGGAUCCAGAAAACAGCUUACUGCAAAAUUUGAAAGAUGUCUUGGAAAUUGAAUUUCCAUCACGUUCCAGUGUCGAGAAAUCUGAUUUCAGCAUGGAUUGUGGCAUAUGUUAUGCCUAUCGACUUGACUCUGCCAUACCAGAUCAAGUGUGCGAUGACCCCCGGUGUGGGCAGCCUUUUCAUCAAGCCUGCUUAUACGAGUGGCUUAGAGGCCUGCCCUCCAGUAGACAAAGCUUCAACAUUAUAUACGGUGAAUGUCCUUACUGUAACAAGCCUAUUACCCUAAAGAUGUCAAACAAGAAACCUUGACACAUUCAGAAGAUGGACAAAAUGAUUUCAGAAACCCGCUGAAUCCAUCAGAGCCCAUACAAUGCAAUGUAAAUCAUUAGCAAAAAUAGAGGAAUGGCCACUCCAUAUUUAUACAGGUCUCUGCAAUACUGGGGACUCAUUUCACAAUGAUGAUCAGAGGUAGAAACGUCUUGAAAAAGUGAAUUUUCGUAGUUGUUUGGAAAAGUUUCUUCUUCAUCCUCUGCAGAAUACAUGUAGCUCUGUAGACUCCUUGACAUUUCCAUGUCCUGUGCAAAAUAAGUAUGGCAGUAGUCUCCUUCUCCUGAGCAGCACUAGCAGUACAAAAGAGAUUGUCCUUGUAAGCAGUGGAAAUAGUCAAAACAUUGUCUGUGUAAAUGAGAAGAACCAAACCCUAAUAACGAAUAUGUAUAGAAAGACUGUAUUUUAUAUACUGAACUUACUGCACCAGCCUGAAGUUUCAGCAUCUCUGUAACAGUAAUGAUUCAGGCUUUUACAGUUGGGCACAGGGGUCACCAUUGUGGAUUUAGCUGGGAGUGUCUGUGACGCUGCACAUGCUCUGAGCAGCUGCAGAGAAGCUAAGCUUAGGGGGUUGUCACAAAUCUUAAAGCAGAAAAUCAGGUUUAGAUGUGAUAUAAGCUGAUGCUACAGGGCUGAUUAUUAAAUUCAAAUGCUAAUUGCACUGGUUUCCAAGCUGCCAUGUAAUGAGAAUCUGAAUUACUGAUAUAUUGUGACAUGUAUAUUUUAUAUAUACAGUAUAUUGUGAGUGGGCCCCUAAGCUCAGUAAGUGACAGCAGCACAGAGCAUGUGCAGGGAAUCAGCAGAAAAGAAGAUGGGGAGCUACUGGGGCACCUUUGGGGCACAGAUCUUCCCUGCUAAAGGGCUGUGUUUGCUCUGGGCUGGUACAGAAGCCAAAACAUAAUGUGCAACAUUUCUGCCCUGCUUUGAAGCUUUAGUUGCCCCUCUAAGUGUGCACUUAAAGGAGUGGUUCACCUUUACAUUAAUUUUUAGUAUGUUACAGGAUUUCUAGCAACUGUGCAACUGGUCUUCAUUUUUUUAAAUCAUUUUUGAAUUUUUUGCCUUCCUCUUCUACAUUUUUCAGCUUUCAAUGGAGGUCAGUGGCCCCAGCUCUGUGAUAUUACAAUGUUAUUAUUGAUACUGUUUCUUAUUUUCUAUUCAGUCCUAUUCACUCCUAUUUAUAUUCCAGUCUCUCCUAUUUAUAUUUCAUUGCCUGGUUGCUAAGGUAAACAUGACCCUGGCAACCAGCUGCCAGAAUUCCAAACUGGAGAUCUGCUGAAUGAAAAGCUAAAUAACUCAACAGAAUAUAAAAAAAAAUGAAAAUCUACUGCAAAUUGUCUCUGAAUAUCCCUGUCUGUGUCAUACUAAGAUGUAAAUUAAAGGUUAACAACCCCUUUAACGUCCCUUGGCUCUUAACACAAAUAUUAACCGGACAUAGCAGUCAAUAUAGAAGCCUUUUCCUACACCACUUAGGGAUGCUGAAGUAAGAAUAUCCAUAGAUUACAAAAUAAAAAACUUCCAAAUGAU